CGACUAGUUGAGCGUCGAUCGGUGGGCGGUGAGGAUUGUCCAGCGGCCUCAGCCCCAACGGUCGAGCCUGCCAGGCGGUUCGCAGGCGUGGCCCCAGAUGGGGAGCCACUUUGCAGGACUCGCAGAAACGCUAGGUGUCCCCCCAAGCUUGCUUUUCUGCAAAAUGUUGAGAUUUUUGAAGCGGCCUCUAGUGGUGACUGCUGACAUCAACUUGAAUUUAGUGGCCCUGACUGGGCUGGGACUACUGACCCGACUAUGGCAACUCUCCUACCCAAGGGCUGUAGUCUUUGAUGAAGUAUAUUAUGGGCAGUACAUUUCCUUCUACAUGAAGCGCAUCUUCUUUCUGGAUGACAGUGGACCACCUUUCGGCCACAUGCUAUUGGCCUUAGGAGGUUAUUUAGGAGGAUUCGACGGUAACUUUUUGUGGAACCGAAUUGGAGCAGAAUACAGCAGUAACGUGCCGGUAUGGUCCUUGCGCCUGCUGCCAGCCCUUGCUGGGGCCCUGUCAGUACCCAUGGCCUACCAGAUAGUGUUGGAGCUCCACUUUUCCCACUGUACCGCCAUGGGAGCCGCCCUGUUGAUGCUCAUUGAAAACGCGCUGCUCACUCAGUCCAGGCUCAUGCUGUUGGAGUCCUUACUGAUAUUCUUUAACCUCUUGGCUGUGCUGUCCUAUCUGAAGUUUUUCAACUCCCAGGCACGCAGCCCUUUCUCACUGCGCUGGUGGCUGUGGCUGACGCUGACCGGGGUCUCUUGUUCCUGCUCGGUUGGUAUCAAAUACAUGGGAAUUUUUACCUACUUGCUUGUGCUCAGCAUCGCAGCUGUGCAUGCCUGGAACCUGAUUGGAGACCAGACCUUGUCAAAUAUCUGCGUGCUCGGUCACUUGCUCGCCAGGGUAGUGGCCCUGCUGGUCAUCCCGGUUUUCCUGUACUUACUGUUCUUCUAUGUCCACCUAAUGCUGCUCUAUCGCUCUGGGCCCCAUGACCAAAUCAUGUCCAGCGCCUUCCAAGCCAGCCUGGAGGGAGGGCUAGCCCGCAUCACCCAGGGCCAGCCCCUGGAGGUGGCCUUUGGUUCCCAGGUCACUCUGAAGAGUGUCUUCGGCAAACCCUUGCCCUGCUGGCUUCAUUCCCACAAGGACACCUACCCCAUGAUAUAUGAGAAUGGCCGUGGCAGCUCCCACCAGCAACAGGUGACCUGUUACCCCUUCAAAGACAUCAAUAACUGGUGGAUUGUAAAGGACCCUGGGAGACACCAGCUGGUGGUAAACAACCCCCCCAGGCCUGUUCGCCAUGGAGACAUUGUACAGCUCGUUCAUGGCAUGACCACCCGCCUCCUUAACACGCACGAUGUUGCAGCCCCUCUGAGUCCCCAUUCUCAAGAAGUCUCCUGUUACAUCGACUAUAACAUCUCCAUGCCUGCCCAGAACCUCUGGAAGCUGGACAUUGUGAACAGAGAGUCCAGCCGGGAUACCUGGAAGACUAUCCUGUCGGAAGUGCGCUUCGUGCAUGUGAACACGUCCGCUGUCUUGAAGCUCAGCGGGGCUCACCUCCCUGACUGGGGGUUUCGGCAAUUGGAGGUGGUUGGGGAGAAGUCACGGGGCCACCACGAGAGCAUGGUGUGGAAUGUGGAGGAGCACCGGUAUGGCCAAAGCCAAGAACAGGAGGAGAGGGAACUGGAGCUGCACUCGCCCACCCAGGUUGAUAUCAGCAGGAACCUCAGCUUCAUGGCCAGAUUCUCCGAACUGCAGUGGAAGAUGCUGACACUGAAGAAUGAGGAUUCAGAACACAAGUACAGCUCCACCCCGCUGGAGUGGGUCACCCUGGACACCAACAUCGCCUACUGGCUACAUCCCAGGACCAGUGCUCAGAUCCACUUGCUUGGAAACAUCGUGAUCUGGGCUUCAGCCAGCCUUGCCACAGUGGCCUACAUCCUACUCUUCCUCUGGUACCUGCUCCGCCGGCGAAGGAGUAUCUGGGACCUCCCUAAGGGUGCCUGGUCCCAUUGGGUGCUAGCUGGAGCCCUGUGUACUGGUGGCUGGGCGUUCAACUACCUGCCCUUCUUCCUGAUGGAGAGGAUGCUCUUCCUCUACCACUACCUGCCGGCACUCACCUUCCAGAUCCUGCUGCUUCCGAUUGUCCUGCAGCACGUCAGUGACCACCUGUGCAGGUCCCAGCUGCAGAGGAAUGUCUUCAGUGCCCUGGUUGUGGCCUGGUAUUCCUCUGCAUGCCAUGUGUCCAAUAUGCUACGUCCACUAACCUAUGGAGACACGUCACUCUCACCAGGAGAACUCCGGGCCCUUCGCUGGAAAGACAGCUGGGACAUUCUGAUCCGGAAGUACUAAGAACGAGAGCACGAAGACAAGCAUGCAGAACAGGAUCUCAAAAAUGUCUUCGUCUCCCACCAGCAGAGGCCUCAGCAGGCAGGACUGGCUGGGUCUAGGAAGGACUCCAGGGAUUAACUGAAGAGCCCUGUUCGCUGGUUUCUCCUCAGAAGUGAUUUUUUUCCUCUUCACACAGUGAAGAGUAUGCCCUGCCACAGCAUCACCUAUGAGGCCCAACUCUGACCCAGCCAGUAUUUGAGCUGCCAAUGUAAGAACACCAAUGCGGGCAGGAGCCCCGGGCUAGGGACAGGACUCCUGAUGAGCCUGAGCUUCCCCAGCUGUGGGCUAAGCCCCCUGCCUUUUACAAGGCCUGCAGUCACCCCAAACAACUCACUGUCUGCAGGCACAGCCGACCUUUGUAAAGCCUACAUGGAAAUCUGACAGCGCAUUAAUACCAAGACUCCUCACUGAUCUGUAUUUUAAAAACCCCUUCUGGGGGAUUCCACCAAGUGUCUUCACCUGUCUUCCACAGCCAAGAUGUCAUCCAUACACUUCUUUGCCUUGAAUUUGCCUUUCCUAAUGUAAAUAAAAAGGAACACAUUGA